AUGGCAGUACAGACAGGUCUUGACUAUAUGCGUUUGCGCACGCAGAUCGACUGUGAUACGCUGGACGACGAAGUCGCCAAAACCCUGGGCCCAUUCCAGGACUGUACUUCCAACCAAGCUAUUGCACUUGGCGAGCUUUCUAAGCCAGAGCGGUCUAGAAUCCUUGUGUUAUCGCUGUCAGAUGCGGCGAUGCUACAUCCGAAGUGGUCCAUGGAGGUUGAAGAAUUGGCUGUCGAGAUUGCGAUGGUUAGAUUAGCUGUAGGAAUGGCGAAACACAUUCGUGGACGUGUCCAUGUACAGGUUAAUCCUUACUAUUCGUACUCGUCGGAGAAGAUUGUCGUCAAUGCACUCCGAAUCGUGCAAUUGUUCCAGCAUGUCCAGCCCGGCUUCGACGCCACUCGCAUUUGCAUCAAGAUUCCGAGUACAUGGGAAGGAAUGAUGGCGUGUCGCACCCUUGAACUAGCUGGUGUGCAUACUUUAGCAACCACUCUGUUCAGCAUGACUCAAGCUGUACUCGCAGCUGAGGUAGGCUGUUCAUAUAUCGCACCCUAUGUGAACGAAUUGAAAGUGCAUGUGCAAGCAGGUUUCGUGGAUAAAGCGAAAUUGCUCCCGCUUUGCGCUGCCAUUCAGAAAUAUUACAAGUCCAUCAAUUCGCGCACCAAAGUCCUCCCUGCUAGCUUGACUUCAGUUGAGGAGAUCUUCUUGCUUGCUGGGGUGGACCACCUGACUAUUUCGCCGAUUCUGUUGACACAAUUGACUCAGCCUUAUGUGAAUAUCAAGUCGCUAUUUGAUAUAGAGGCGACACUUCCAAUCCCGGCACGAGAUGUCUCUUUCAUCAACGAUCCUGGAAAUUACCAGAUCACAUUUACCCGGGACCAGGGUGGUGCUAGUCAGAUCAAGUUGACUGAAUUCGCCUGCAGGAUGUUCCCUUCGCAGGCGGCUAAUUUUAACAUCGAGGCCCUCAGCGGCAUUUGCGGAUCCAUUUCUAUUGCCUGCUGGGUUGUCGUUUUCUCCCCUCAAAUCAUCGAGAACUUCCGACGUGGCUCUGCAGAUGGCCUCUCUCUCAUCUUCCUGAUCAUCUGGCUGGCUGGUGAUGUGUUCAACAUCUUAGGUGCCGUCCUACAAGGCGUGCUUCCUACCAUGAUCAUCCUUGCGGUGUACUACACUUUAGCAGAUAUUGUUCUGCUGGGGCAGUGCUUCUACUACCGGGGGUUCAACUUCAAGGAGGAGCUAUCUCCCUCGGCCACACCGGACCUUUUUGCAGCCGACAACGCAGAGCGGAAUGGCGCCGAGAAUCAACCCGCACCAACGGAGAGAUCAGCCCUCAUCCCGAAGCCCAACGCCCAUGUCCAAAUUGAAGACCCAACCAUAAACGUAACUGGACAGCAACCUGAAGACCGUGCACGCCCACUCUCCGAAGAAAGACGGCACUCGGCAACCUCUUACCAUGAUAUGUUCCACUCAUCAGUAGACGCCACCCAUCUAUCACCUGCAACGCCCUUCGUCGAACCGACAUCUGAUUCCGCGCGGCGCCGUGCUCAACGCGUCCGCCGUCGCCGCAUAUCCGCCCUCCAAUCCGUCCUUUUCAACCUCACCGCUGUCGCUCUAGUCUGUGCUGCAGGUGUGAUGGGCUGGUUCGUCAGCCCAGCUGCAAAGUCACCAUCACCGGACUCGGAACCUCUCGCUAUGGAUGUUCUGGGUCAGGUAUUUGGCUAUUUCUGUGCAGCCUUGUAUCUUGGAUCACGUCUGCCCCAGCUUCUCCUGAACUACCGCCGCAAAUCAACGGAUGGUGUUUCCCUGCUGUUCUUCCUCUUUGCUUGCAUUGGCAACUUGACUUACGUGCUGUCUAUUCUGGCAUACUCGCCUAUUUGCCGUGGUGGGUCUUCCGAGGAGAUCAUGGGGCACCGUCACCGUGCGCAUUGUCGUCCUGGUGAGGCGGCUGCGCUGUAUGGCCGGUAUGUAUUGGUGAACUUGUCGUGGUUGGUCGGCAGUGCUGGCACGCUGCUGCUGGAUAUGGCGAUCUUUACGCAAUUCUUCCUGUACCGCGAUGACAAAGGUGAUGAGGAGGAAGAGGAAGAGGAAGAGUAG